GUCAACCAAUAAGGAAUCUCCACACUUAAUGGCUCGCUGGCUCCACCUCACAAACCACUCCUCCUGGCAAAAUGCCAAGCGCCAUCCUGACUUGUUUACAGACUCUUGCAGAGCUCAUCUGUCUUCAUGAUAACAUUUGAUGUGUCAGAGAGGGUGAAUAACCAGAGUUACACAGCAGAUAAGUCCAUGACUGAUUCUCUGUAGCUUAUAGAGACUAGAUUCUAGUAGGGGAGACAGGAGUGGUUUCUAAAAGCCGUGUGAUAAGGGCCGUGGAGAAAAAUGAAGGCCAGGGAAGAGGGUGAAGAUUGACAGAGGACCCUCCUAUAAGCAGGUGGUCAGGGAAGGCCACUGAGGCCAGGAAGCUAUAAAAGGAGGGAAGAAUUACAGGAUGGGCCAGGGCAGGGGACUUUCCCUCUGGUGGAGGGGGCUGCUACCCAAAGUCCUGAAGUGGAAAUGACCAAGUUUGACUGCCCUUGGCCAGAAAGAAGAUCUGGUGGCCUCAGAGAAUGAGUGAGAAGCAAGACGCUGGGAAGCCUGGCGAGAGCCAGUUGUGCCUGUGGGCUGGGCGUGAAUUUGAAGUUCACUCAGGAGACGGAAGCCACCCUGGCUGGAGGAGAGGAGCAAUAUGCUUUGGUUCUCUUUUUGUCUUUGUGGUGCUGGGAAUGGACCUAGGGCCUGGGGGAAGGUAGGCAGGUAUACCACCCCUGAGCUGCACCCCAGCCCCGGCUCCAUUUUCAAAAGCUUGCUCCAGAGGCUGUGUGGAGAGUGGGGUGCAAGGUAAGCAUGGAGACAGGCCAGCCAGCGGCCACGGGUGAAACCAGGGUAGGCGUGGCUUGGAAGUAGAGCUGCAGGUCUGGGAUCCUCCCCAGCAGACGCCCAGAGCUUGCGGUUGGGGAAUGAGGGAUUGGGGGCCAGAAAAGGUUGGGGUCAGCCUCAUUUGUUCUUGGAGCUCCCAGGGGGCUGGUCCCAACCCUGUUCUUCCCUUCCCAGAGGCUCCAGAGAAGCCAUCAAAAGAAUUGCCUAUGAGUUUGUGGAGAUGAAGGCCAAAGAGGGCGUGGUGUAUGUGGAGGUGCGCUACAGCCCACACCUGCUGGCCAACUCCAAAGUGGAUCCGAUUCCCUGGAACCAGGCUGAAGGGGACCUCACCCCAGAUGAAGUGGUGGACAUAGUGGGCCAGGGCCUCAAGGAGGGGGAGCAAGCCUUCGGGGUCAAAGUGCGAUCCAUCCUGUGCUGCAUGCGCCACCAGCCCAACUGGUCCCUGGAAGUGAUGGAGCUGUGUAAGAAGUACCAGCAUCAUACUGUGGUGGCCAUCGACCUGGCUGGUGAUGAGACCAUCAAAGGAAGCAGCUACUUCCCGGGGCAUGUGGAGGCCUACGAGGAGGCGGUAAGGAGCGGCAUCCACCGCACCGUCCAUGCAGGAGAGGCGGGACCUGCAGAGGUGGUCCGAGAGGCUGUGGACAUACUCAAAACAGAGAGGGUGGGACAUGGCUACCACACCCUGGAGGACGAGGCCCUCUAUAACAGGCUGCGGCAGGAAAACAUGCACUUUGAGGUCUGCCCCUGGUCUAGCUACCUCACAGGCGCCUGGAAUCCAAACACGGAGCAUGCUGUCAUUCGGUUCAAGAAUGACCAGGCCAACUUCUCACUCAACUCAGAUGACCCGCUCAUCUUCAAGUCCACCCUGGAGACUGACUACCACAUGACCAAACAGGACAUGGGCUUCACCGAGGAGGAUUUUAAGCGACUGAACAUCAAUGCAGCGAAGUCCAGUUUCCUCCCAGAGGAUGAGAAGAAGGAGCUCCUUGACCAGCUCUACAGAGCCUACAAGAUACUGCCAGCUGCCUCUGGUAUGCUCCUAUCUGGGCGACUGCCUUACCCUGGCUCCUACAACUUUCUGUGACUUCUUCUAAGAACCCUUCUUCUCUCAGGCAGUAACAAGAAUGGGCAAUGAGUGCCUGGUCCCUGGGCCAGGGUUGGUGACAGCUUCAACCAAUGGGUUUAUUUUCUGUAGAGCUAGCACAAGGGUAGACUUGUGAAGGCCAGUUCCAAACUCCUGGGCAGCCUGGGCAUCUCUAAGGCUGUCUAAAGCCAAAGCCCAGGAGUUGGACCAGAUCCUGGUUCAUUCUGCUCCCUCCUUCCUGUGGCCUUGGAAAGGCAUCUUAUUCUCCUUGCCAUCUAAAGAAGGGAGCUCCUUCCUGGUUUUGGAGUUCUCUGAGUUUUACAGUAUCCAGGGACUAUGAGUGUUGGCCUGAUCUUUCUGCUUCUCUGACCUGACCAGCAGGGCAGAACCCCUGAAGACAGCAUGGCCCCCUCUCCAAGCCCUCACCCUGUGGAUGGAGUCUUCACAACUCUGGGAUCAAGCGACAUUCUUACCUGUAUUCCUUCCAGGAAGACUGAUUUUAAGAGCUACUGAUGCUCUCAAGCCUAUAUAAACACAGAACUUGGCAUGGCUGCAUCUCUCCUCUGAUUAUGUGCCUUGGCCAGGGCCGGGGCCCUUGCCAAUGGCAUGGAUGAUUCUGAGGCAAUACUUGCUGAAAAUCUUGUGGGAGACCAACCUUACACAUGACUGGGUUACACUCCCCGGCUGGAUGCUGAAGUGCUUAGUUGCAGAAAUAUGGCAGAGCUUUCCCCACCCUUCUUUGGUACAAGGGACACUUUCUUGUUCAUGUGUGUGUCUUGCUAUAGCCCCAUGAGUGAAGCUAUGCUCACCUGUACUUUGUAAUAUAACCUCUUGCUCUGUUUAGGAUAGAAUCUUCCAUGGAAGUGCCUUGUGUGUGUCCCCUUCUCUUACUGUGCCCUUGGGUGUGGCCUACCCAGAUGUCAGUCAACCUGCUGACAGUGGACAUCAUGAAGAUACUCAGC